AGCCUUCUGUCACCAGCACUUUCCCCCCCAUGUCAGGGUCUCGGUGGAGUCCUGGUGAAACAACACAUAAUUCGUGAUCCUGUCCGCCUUUGGAAUCUCCUAGGUAGCACUUACUGGUUUACUACUUCAAGCUGUCGGUGGAGUAACCAGAAGAAUGGAGGAUUCAAAAAGAAAUCUCCACAGGAGGAUGAUGAGGAUGAGAAACGCAGGAAGAAGGAAAAUCAGAUGCAUAUUGAACGUUUACGGGCACUCCUCAUCAUAACUUUCAUAGUGCUGUUGUUUCGAUUCAUGCUCAGCGAGAACAGAGAGGGGACCAACAUUUCCUGGAACUACUUUGUGAAUGAGAUGCUGGCAAAGGGGGAGGUCCAGAGAAUUGAAGUGGUGCCAGAGAGCGAUAUUGUGGAGGUUUAUUUGCACCCAGGAGGAACUCCACAUGGACAAGUUAAUGUUACCCUGUUGUACACAAUGCGGGUGGCAAACAUUGACAAAUUUGAAGAGAAGCUGAGAGCUGUGGAGGAUGAGCUGAAUAUUGAUGAGAGAGAGAGAAUCCCCGUUUCCUACAAGCAUCCUGGCUUUUAUGGAAAUGAUGUCAUCUCUCUGAUAGUGACACUUGUGGCUGUGUCCAUGCUGUGGAGCAUAUUCCGCCUCAUUAGGGUCGCUGGACGGGUAGGAGGAUUCAAUGCCUUUAACCAGUUGAAAAUGGCUCGUUUCACCAUUGUGGAUGGGAAGUCAGGGAAAGGGAUUGGCUUCAAGGAUGUGUCAGGAAUGCAUGAGGCAAAAAUGGAAGUCAAGGAAUUUGUGGACUAUUUAAAGAACCCUGAGCGCUACUUGCAGCUUGGGGCUAAAGUGCCCAAGGGGGCCUUGUUACUUGGACCACCAGGCUGUGGAAAGACAUUGCUGGCGAAGGCAGUGGCUACAGAAGCACAAGUGCCAUUUUUGGCCAUGGCAGGCUCUGAGUUUGUGGAGGUGAUAGGAGGUCUUGGAGCUGCCAGAGUCCGGAGCCUCUUCAGAGAAGCCCAGGCUCGAGCACCCUGCAUUGUGUACAUUGAUGAGAUUGAUGCUGUGGGCAAGAAGCGCUCAACCAAUAUAUCUGGGUUUGCCAAUGCUGAAGAGGAGCAGACCUUAAACCAGCUGCUGGUGGAAAUGGAUGGAAUGGGGACCACAGAUCAUGUCAUAGUGCUGGCUUCCACCAACCGUGCUGAUGUCUUGGAUAAUGCUUUGAUGAGACCUGGGAGGCUGGACAGGCACAUCUUCAUUGAUCUUCCAACACUCCAGGAGAGAAGAGAGAUCUUUGAGCAGCACCUGAAGGGCCUCAAGCUGAUCCAAGAUGCCAGCUUCUACUCACAACACCUUGCGGAACUGACUCCAGGCUUCAGUGGAGCUGACAUAGCGAAUAUAUGUAAUGAAGCUGCUCUUCAUGCUGCUAGAGAAGGUCACAAAUCCAUCGAUACUUUCAACUUUGAGUACGCUGUGGAAAGAGUCAUUGCAGGCACUGCCAAAAGAAGUCAAAUCCUGUCACCGGAAGAGAGGAAGGUUGUGGCGUUCCAUGAAUCAGGCCAUGCACUGGUUGGCUGGCUGCUGGAGCACACUGAGGCUGUGAUGAAGGUUUCGAUAGCCCCUCGGACAAAUGCCGCUCUUGGAUUUGCUCAGAUCCUUCCAAGAGAGCAGUACCUCUUCACCAAGGAACAGCUGAUGGAGAGAAUGUGUAUGGCACUGGGAGGGAGAGUGUCUGAGGCCAUCACCUUUAACAAAGUCACUACAGGAGCACAGGAUGACCUGAAGAAAGUGACCAAGAUAGCAUACUCUAUGGUGAAGCAGUACGGAAUGGUGCCCAGCAUUGGGCAGGUCUCCUUCCCAGACCUGGAUAGUGCACCUGGAAUUGGUCGGCGCCCUUUCAGCCAGGGACUUCAGCAGAUGAUGGACCAUGAAGCAAAAGUCCUGGUGGCUCAGGCUUACAGGCGCACAGAAAAGCUCUUACUGGAGAACAGGGACAAGCUACAAAUCCUGUCUAAUGCCCUCCUGGAGAAAGAAGUGAUAAAUUAUGAUGACAUUGAAGCUUUAAUUGGGCCUCCACCCUACGGGCCAAAGAAAAUGAUAGCUCCUCAGAGCUGGCUUCAAGCAGAGAGAGACAAGCAAGAUACAAGAGACGAAGAAAUGCCCCAGCAGCCACCAAACCAUGAGGAAGAGGAGGAACCACGUCUGAGACCAGUAUGAAGCCCACUCCUAAUGUGGAAUGGGAGGACUUGAGAGGCUUAUUUUGGACCCAGACCCGUUCCCUUUUCCAGAAUUAAAGAUACUGAAUAGGGAAUCUCUGUGCUGCUGUUAACCAAAAAUUGGCUAUGUUGGCUCUUUUAA